AUGACUGACACCAGUUCGACCUCAGCUGCUGGUGCGUCAGAGUCACAACCAGCCAAGAAGCGCACCUGGGGACCUUGUCGCCAGUUGGAGACGGCGAAGGUUACCUGGGUGACCAACAGUCGUAUCAACAUUGGAUACGACGAGCGGCAUCGGGCUGCACCAACGGCGGACCAGCAUAGCUCAUUGGCCCACGACAUUGGUCACGUCGUUCGGACUCAUUGCCCGAUCAAAUUGAAGUCUUGGAAGGCCAUGCUUGACGAGAUGUGGAUAGCGGUGCGCUCCCAACUGUCGGACCUUGACGACGAGAUGUUGGCAUACAUCACCAGACUCUUUGCCGAGAGGCAAAAGCAGUGGAAGAGCGACCUGCACCACCAUUUUUACACAUAUGAUGAUCCGCAUGUUGCUCUUCAGGAGGGUUGCCCGAAGGAGCUUGAGGGGCAGAAAGAUAGUUGGGAGUGGCUCUGCAGUCAUUUUCAGGAGGCCGAUUUUGUGAAGCAAGCCAAAGCAAAUAAGGGUAAUAGGGCAAAGAAGACUCUUCUCCACCAUUCAGGUUCCAGACCCUUUUCCUAUAGGAUGGAGGAGCGUCGGUGGAUCGACGUCUUUGGUGACGUUUACGUUCGCCCUGGGAAUGAGUUGGCUGAGUCCCUUCAUACAAUGAUGAUGGAGAAGAGCCAGUUGGUUCUUCAGGAGUCCGCCUCUCAGCUUCCUCCCAAUACGCCACUCGAGUAUGUGGAUCCUCCAAAGGAUGUAGGGUUUCAGAUACUGACGGAAACCUUGGAUCAAACUCUCUGGACGCGCCCAGGGACAUAUUGUCGAGGGAUGGGGAAUGCUCGCCGACAGGAACCUAGACCCCGGUCAUCGUCGCAGGCAACCAGUCAGGCGACUGUUGCUUUGACGGCAAAAGUGACUAUGCUUGAAACCCAGAUGGCCCAGAUGACACAGUUUCCAAAGUCCCUCGCCCAGGCCGGCCUUCCCAUAUGGCCCUUUACUCCCUCGUCGACCUCUGAGCCCAUCCAACCCGAGCAUGGCCACCACACCUCUGCCCCUAGCGACAAUGCCCAGCCUUCCAUGCUGCAUUCGCUUGAAGAUCGCUUCGAUUUUGGAAACUUGUUUAAUUAG